AUGGGGGACUAUGCAGACGUGACGGGGGGCGACUGGCCCUCGCUGGAGGAGUCUGACACAGCGGCGGCCAGUCUCCAGUGCGGUUGUGGCCCCUUUAACGGGAAACUGACAGACGGCGCAGAGUGGCCAAUGAGAGGGGGUGUCGGCGCCGGCCGGAUGCUAAACCCCGCCUCCGCAAGGACCGGGAGGGGUCGCGCGGGCGGAGAGCGGGAGGAGGGGCUCAACGCGCGCCAGCCAAUAGGCGGCUGGGCCGUCGGCGAAGUGGGAGUAAAGGUUGGAUUUUAAGGCCGGAGUGGCUUCAGGAGAUACGCUCUCAAAUUGGAAGGUGGGGUGAACGCCGGGUCGCCGAGUGCACCUUAUUCUGCACCCCUUGCGCCCGCUCCGGGAACUGCACGUCGCACCCCCACCCGGCCUCCCACGCAGAAGAUAGUAUGGCUUGCAGGGCUCCCCCGACAGUAGAGGCUAAUGGUUCGCUCCGCUCCGCCCCCACAGAGGCCGCCCACUAGCUCCUGCAGCGUUUCAGGACUCCUGGGUCUGACCGGCUGCGGAGGAAGGGGCUUGUCCGCCUGUCUUAGACUCUCCUAGGGGUAAGGGGAGUUGUGUUGUCUUCAGUUCUGACACCGCACUCAGACCCAGGCUGGGACCCAGCCUCGGCCAUUGGACUUGUCCCUAGGAAACUCUGCCUUGAGACCUGGGGAGAACUCUUUACCUCUGCUCU